AUGGUACUGAAAGGAAUCGGAGGCUCAAGCGGCAUCGCGGUUGGCAAGGCGCUAAUUUUAAGCGAGCAAAAAUUAAAAAUUACCGCUCAAUCAGCCGAAAGUUCGGCUGAAAUCAUUCGUUUUCGCCGCGCUGUUCAAGAGAUAGUGGCUGAGAUUAACGCCUUAGAGAAGCGUAACCGCGGCCAGUCUAACCAAGCCCAAGCCGAUAUUCUUGAAGCUCACCGCUCGAUCGCGCAAGAUCCGAGUUUGCGAGACGAAGUCGAGACUUUAAUUAAAGAAAAAAAGACCAAUGCACUUUGGGCGCUUGACCAAGUUUCGAGCAAAUGGGUCGCGCUUUUUGAAAAGAUGGAAGAUGCCUACAUGCGCGAAAGAGCGAGCGACAUCAAGGACGUAACUAAUCAAAUCGCUUUCGCAUUAGCGGGGGUCAAGCGCGUUGACCUUUCGCAAAUCAAGGAACCAGUUGUGAUUGUGGCCCACGACAUUACUCCGUCCCAAAGCGCCCAAAUGAACGAGCAAGUUUUAGCUUUUGUGACCGAGGUUGGCGGCCAAACAUCGCACGCCGCCAUUAUUGCUCGAGCGCGGCGAAUUCCAGCCGUGCUUGGCGUGGGCAACUUACUCAAAAAAGUUAAAAAUGGCGAUCCAGUUGCGCUUGACGGAGAAGCUGGUACUUUGAUCGUCAAACCGACUUUGGAAGAAAAAAAACGUCUCCAAACUAAGGCGGUUGAGUUGGAGGUUGAGCGCAGUAGCGCUGAAAAGUUCCGCGGCAAAAAAACUUGCACUUUAGAUGCUCACCAAGUUGAGUUAGCGGCUAACAUCAGCACUUUGGAAGAUUUGCCCAAAGUGCUGGCUAACGACGCCGAAGGCAUCGGUCUUUUUCGCUCCGAAUUUAUUUACAUGCGCGCUCAAGCUUGA